CGACAUCACCGCAGUGCCACCGCACGUGGCCGACUCACUUCGGGAGCGUUUUUUUCUUUUUUCUCCUCUCUCCUCACGCCUCGUCACAUAAAGCGUAGCGACAGUUUCACUUUAUUUGCCGAAACCGAUUGGAAGAAAGAUGACCACCUCGUCUUCUGCUGUCUGCUGGAGUCGCUGUUGAAUUUGCCAAAAACGGAAAGGGUGUCCCUCUCCAGGCUUAGUGCGGAACCCGGCGUUUUCAGCUCGCGGCCUAAGAGCGAACGGAAGCACAAAAAAGGACAAGAGCAAGACAAAGUAUCUCUUGUCAGAACAUAAUGAAGAUUUCUUUUUAAAAAUUUGUGUUUAAAAAAAAGUGCGGUGCAAGUUCUUUAAAAUGUGAAAGCCCUGGCUUGGAAAAGAAAUGAAGAACAUAGCAAGCCACUAAAUCUCCUGAUAACGAUGGUGUGGAUGACGCAGACAGCAGUGUUCUCCAAUCUGAUUGCGACUGGGUGGAAAUAGCGCGAAACGUUUUGCUGAUAAAAUCGACCUCGGCAGUGACUGCCCCUCCCCCGUCCACUUCUUGUCAACCUUCUCAGUCCGGCACCCUGACGUCUCCGGCGACGACUGAUAACACCCUGUGACGUCAGUGUCUGGCGUUCCACCUGCCGCAUCAGUUCUGCCUGCAGCCCACGAUGGGUCGCCGACUGUUUGGGGUGGUCAGUCGGAGGCACUCCAAGUCCUUGGAUACCACGUAAUCCGCGGCACCUCCGAGGUACGAUGUCGCCAGCUGCUCUUCUAUCACUCACACUCAGGGUUAAAGGCCAGCACGUGCCCCCACGUGACUCGGUCCCACCACGUCGGCCUGCAAGCAGCAAGAGCACGCGCACUAGUUCUCUGGGCCUGGAGACCGCCAAGCCGCCGCAGGAGUCCGGGCACUGACAUGGCCGUUACCUUUACCAACCAGUCGCUCGGCGUUCCUUUCGUCACGGCCGUGGCGCCGCUGCAGGCGGUCAAGAACCCCCGUCAUGAGGAGGCCAUGUCAAAGGUCACCAAGCUGCCCUUCGUCUUGGACGCUCUGCUUCGUAACGCCUCGGCCCUCGGCAACAGGACGGCUGGCGAGGUGACGGUCGGUGACGUCAUUGGUGACGAGCUUGGGGGCUUUGGUGACGCGCUGGUGCUGAUGCGGGUGUGCGACUCCAACACCAGCGUGGAAUGGAAGAUGGUGCACCCCGUGUGCUCCACUAAGUUCAGUUCUUUUCUGCUCUUUCUGGUGGUUACCAUGGCGCUGGCCAUCAUUACACUUCUCACUGUCCUGGGCAACACACUGGUGCUCUUUGCUCUGUGCAGGUACCGCAGCCUGCGCACCAUGUCCAACUGCCUGAUCGGGAACCUGGCCGUGUCCGACCUGCUGCUCGCCCUGACUGUAUUGCCCAUCUCAACAGGUCACGACCUUCUGGGGUACUGGGUGUUCGGCCGCACCAUGUGCACCAUUUGGCUGUGCAUAGACGUCCUGUACUGCACGGCCUCCAUCUGGGGCCUCUGCACCAUCGCCUUCGACCGCUACACGGCCACCGUCUUCCCGGUUUGGUACCACGACAAGCGCUCCACGGCCAAAGCCCUCGCCUACAUUGGCUUUGUGUGGAUAUUUUCCAUCAUCAUCUCUGUGGCGCCUUUGAUCGGUUGGCAAGACAUGAUCUCUGGGUUCUACACCUACACGCCCGCCAUCAACCGGCACGACUGCAUCCUCUUCAGCACCAAGAGCUAUGUCAUCUACUCCGCUCUCGGCUCCUUCAUUCUCCCUUCAUGCCUCAUGACCUUUCUCUACGUCAAGAUCUUCGUCGUUCUCCACAAGCAGUCCAAGACGAUGAAACGAAGGAGCAGUGUAAGCGGCAUGUCACCGGCCAGACUGGCCAGGCGCUGUCCACGAAUUGCCGUGUCCGAGAUCCGGGAGACGAGCUGUGUGUUUCGUGAUAUUACCACGGCGUCCACAGUGGUCACGCCAGAGGAGGACGACAAGUUGAGAGGUGUCACGGCAACGUUCAGUCUCGAAGACACUUCAAGGAAGGACAGCGAUGAGCAUGGUGAUGAGCGUGGUGAUGAGCUCAGUGUUAGCCUUAUACGUGAGCGCCGCAGCAACAGCCUGAAAGUUGAACUGGAGGCAUUAAGGUCUCCAAACAACAUCUGUGCUGGUGAUAAAAAUUAUCUGACCGUCAGCGCAUGCGAUAUUCCUAAACAAUUUUCCAUGAAGAAAAGCAAAUCGGUUUCGUCCUGCAUGCAGCAGAACGGAAACUGCAAAAACUCACCCAUGGAUAGCCCGAGGAAAAACUUCCGAUACCCGAACACACCACGCAGCAAAAGUGCCAGCAUGCUGAGCAGCAUGUCGGAAGCCAACCUGGAGGCCCGCCACAGCAAGCUCAGCCUCGCCAGCAUCCACCGUCUAUCCCUGCCAUGGCAGAUGGAACGCAACAAUCACCUGACCACCAGCAUGCGCAGAAGGUUCCAGAUGCGGGAGCAGCGCGCCACCAAGAGGAUGCUGCUGAUCAUGGCAUGCUUCUUUAUCUGCUGGAUGCCCUUCACACUCAUGUACAUGCUGCGCAGCCUGUGCCAGCACUGCCAGCAUCUGGACGACCACACCACGGCCUUCAUCAUCUGGCUCGGCUACGCAAACUCCUCUCUCAACCCCGUGCUGUACACCCUCUUUAACGAAGACUUCCGCAAAGCCUUCAAGAAGAUCCUCAACUUCAAAAAGCACAAACGACCUUGCACGCAUGAGUAAGAAUACGAACAGAGACAGCUACCUGCAUAUCCAUGAACGGCUUGCCAUAUAAAUAAUUGUAAAAUUGUUUCACAGAUGUGUGUAGCGAGGUUUCUAAUGCGGCGACAAAAACUGCACGUGUGGUGUCUAUCACAUGAGAAAAUGUAAUGGAGUCCCCUUAGUUUUAUGUUCCAUACAAAUGUCAUAUCCAUCAAAGAAUAAAAACAAUGGCCUUCCUAAAGUGGACUUUUUGCCAGUCUCCGAAGUGUGGCAUUCAACAUGUGGCUCCGGCAAUUAGCUGUGAAAAAGCGUGGUCUUCAUAGAAUGUCCUGCUGUGUUUAAUGUUAAAACACUUAAAAAAUAUCACCGUAACUGUGUUUUAUUUCUUUUAUAUUUGGAUUACUCAUAAACCUAAUGGAAUAUUGCAGUCCAGAUUUUACGACAGAAAAACAAUCAGUUGAUAAUAACGCAUAAUCUGAAUACAAAACCUAAUCUAGAUUUUCUUUCAUACUUAUCAAAGAUAAACUCAGCCUUUUGUAAAGUAACCUUAGACUGACUUAGUUUACAAAUCUGGGGAUACGGGGAUAUGGGGUUAUCUAAUAAUAAUAAUAAGCGGGAAUUCAUAAAUCGCAAUAUUUCAGCCUGAGGGACUCAUUGCACUAGGCAAGUUAACAAAAUAGUAAGAAAAGAUAAGUGAUAUGUGAGAAAUCAGAACAGACAGAAUCGAAUACAAGAGAAUCAAACAGUGUGGCUUUUCUGUAAAAUACCAUAACACCAGAACAGGCCCGUUCUUAGCCCCUGCGGGGCCCGAACCAAAGGACAUGUGCGGGGCCAUCGAAGCCACGGUUUUAAUCCAAACUUUUUAGUUCAUCAAAGCCUCGUUUGAAAUAGAUGUCGGUUGGAGUGAAUGUCUUUCAAUCUGCGGAAACCACUGUUUACCCACCACCCAGUGUAAAUCUCGAGACUGGUGUAUUUGUGACUUUAAUAUCAACGACUGUUAUCACUAUUCUUUGUAAUAAAGCCCACCCUUUGGUGCCACUACCCAG